AUGGCGCAGGAGAGGAAGAGGAGAAGCUUGCCCCGGAUCCCCGAGCUGGAGCUGCUGAGCAGACAGGACGACGAGACGUUUCUGCCCAGCUCGCCCGGUGCCUCCGGCGGCCCCCACUCCCAGCCCAAGUCGGGCUCGGCCUCCAGGCCCCCCCACUCCCCCGUCUUCUUCCCCAGCAACUCGCCCACCUUCCUGACGAGGCUGCGGGUGAACAGGAGCAUUCAGGAGCAUCACCGCAAGCUCAAGGGCUGCCGCUCCCAGCGCUUUGCUAACUUCCAUGAAGCCUCUAUGCCCAGUGGGGAUCAUCCCCUGUUCCCAGAUUGUGGGGAAACUGAGGCACUCGCUCCAGGUGACACAGAGCUGGAGAAUCUCAACAAGUGGGGCCUGAACAUUUUCCAUGUCUCCGAAUAUUCCAAGAGCCGCUCGCUCAGCUGCAUCAUGUACACGAUAUUCCAGGAGAGAGAACUGCUGAAAACCUUCAAGAUCCCGGUGGAGACGCUGCUGACCUACGUGCUCACGCUGGAGGAGCACUACCACGCCGACGUGGCCUACCACAACAGCCUGCACGCCGCCGACGUGGUCCAGUCCACGCACGUCCUGCUGGCCACGCCCGCCUUGGAUGCUGUCUUCACCGACCUGGAGAUCCUGGCCGCUCUGUUUGCAGCCGCCAUCCAUGACGUGGAUCACCCGGGCGUCUCCAACCAGUUCCUGAUCAACACCAACUCGGAGCUGGCCCUGAUGUACAACGACGAGUCAGUCCUGGAGAACCACCACCUGGCCGUAGGCUUCAAGCUGCUGCAGGAGGAGAAUUGCGACAUCUUCCAGAGCCUCGGCAAGCGCCAGCGCCAGACGCUACGCAAGAUGGUUAUCGACAUGGUCCUCGCCACCGACAUGUCCAAGCACAUGAGCCUCUUGGCCGACCUCAAGACCAUGGUGGAGACCAAGAAAGUGACAAGCUCCGGGGUGUUGCUGCUAGACAACUACACGGACCGGAUCCAGGUCCUGCGGAACAUGGUUCACUGCGCCGACCUCAGCAACCCCACCAAGCCGCUGGAGCUGUACCGCCAGUGGACCGACCGCAUCAUGGAGGAGUUCUUUCGGCAGGGCGACAAGGAGCGGGAGCGGGGCAUGGAGAUCAGCCCCAUGUGCGACAAGCACACGGCCUCCGUGGAGAAAUCCCAGGUGGGCUUCAUCGACUACAUCGUUCACCCGCUGUGGGAGACGUGGGCGGACCUGGUGCACCCCGACGCCCAGGAGAUCCUGGACACGCUGGAGGACAACCGGGACUGGUACCACAGCAUGAUCCCGCAGAGCCCCUCCCCGCCCCCGGACGAGCAGGACAAGGCCGAGGAGGCUUGCCUGGAGAAAUUCCAGUUCGAACUGACGCUGGAGGAGGAGGGCGAGGAGUCGGAUCAGUCGGGCCGCGAGGAGGAGGAGCUGCCCUGCCUGUCCCCGGAGGAGGGGGGCGGGCAGAACGGACUGGCACACCACACAGCCCCUGGGGCACCGUGACUCUGGGCUUCGGCUAGGCCGCCCGGCGGGAAACAAAACUAAAGCCACACACACGCUCCCCCCGCCAUGGACUCUUUUUGGGGGGGGACCAGCAAACAAUUCCAUUUAAUUUAAUUUUGGUUUUAGUUGGGGG